AGCUCCGAUUCGCCGCUAUCUCUCGUCCCGGUACCGGUUCUGAUGCCCCGAACCGGGUCUGAGCGGGUCGGUACCGCCAGUUCGAGCGGUAAACAGGGCUGGUGAGCGGUAAACGGAGCUGGUGAGCGCUACGGGGCCGCCAGCUCCCCUCAGAGCCGCCGCCUCCCCUCAGAGCCUCCAACUCCCCUCAGGGCCGCCGCCUCCCCUCAGGCCGCCACCGCCCCUCAGGCCGCGGCGGUCUGAGGGGCGGCUCCGGAGAGGAAGGUGGGAAAGUUGGACUUUCCCUUCAAAGCUCAUCUGCCCGUGUGGAAACCAUGGGGCUGCCAGGCAAGAUGGACGGGAGUAAUCCCCCUCGGAUGCCUGUGCACAGACAGAGCCAUCACCCAGCCAGCCUAGGUUCAACUCCUCCAGGUUUGGAACAAGCUUCACCUGCCCUUCUGUGCACAGCAUGGGGGCUGUUUCCCCUCCAGAAAGGCCUCUGGGCCACCCCGUGGCUGGGAUCACCCAGGCACCUCCAUGCAGGAAGCUCCUUCCUCUUCCCUGGGCUCUCCACUGCUCACAUUAGCAAAACCUGUUUCAUUCCUGAGGAAUUCUUGGUGCCUGCAGCAGGAAAAGUUGAAGUAACAUCUCACAGAGCUGAAUCUCACCUCUGGAAGCAGAGAGAGGAGGACACAACCUGCACAUUGUUGGACCAUCUGCUGAUUGACACACCUAGAACAGAUUUUCUAAUUCUUCUUGAGCCUGGAUGGAUGGAUCCACAUCUAGAGACAUGUGACCACUGCUAUAAAGGUUCAAGAUUCAGGGUGAAGCAACUCUUCUGCCCUAACUUCUCAGAGGAUGUUUAACUGACAGCCCCAUUAGACCACACCAUGGAGAAGACAGAUGCAGCCAGCCAUAAACCCAAACCUGACGGGGAGAAGGAGCAGCCCCGCAGCCUCCCUUACUCCUUGGAGACACCUUAUGGCUUCCACUUGGACCUGGAUUUCCUGAAGUACGUGGAUGACAUCGAGAAAGGGAACACCAUCCGCAGGGUCCACAUCCACCGCAGAGCCAAACAGCCCAAAUUCAGCACUCUGCCCCGGAAUUUCAGCCUGCCUGAGAACGGCUGCCGUGGGUGCACCUCUGCUCCCAGCAAGAGCUGGACGGCCACCUGCUCCUUCCCCCAGAGAAAGGGAUCCCUGGGGGUGGAAGAUGCCCCUCGUCCCCUCCUGCCCCAGGAGCUGGCCCUUCCCGAUGAGCCCAGUUACCGCAGAAAAGCUCUUCUGGCGGAGACGCGGCGGCAAGCGGAGUUGGGGUGGCCGGAGGAGGAGCUGUGGGGGAGACCCCAGCUUCUGCGAGCCUCCAGCCUGCCCGAGGCCCUGCCUCCUGGCCAGCCCUCACCAGGGCACCCACAGCUGCCCUCACCCCUCCAGACACCCCCCCAGCCCUGCCAGCACCAGAGUGAAGGCACCUAUCGCCUGGCGUCGUGUUCACCCGGCUCUGAUGGUGUUGCCUUAAUUCUCCCUCCCCAGGAGAUGAGUGUGGAGCAAGAUGUGUCCUCGGGGCAGAAGGAGCAUGCAGGGGGAGGCAUUCUGGGGGUGGUGCAGGUGCAGCCCCCGAGGCCCAGCCCACAUCCUGCCACGUUGCAGGUGGUGAUGGAGAGUGGAGGUGAGGAGUCUGAUGGUGCUGAGGCCACCAGUUCUUCUGCCUUGGCCAGGGGUGACCUAGCAUCACCGCGUGCUCUCCAGGUGUCAGAGGAGAGCACAAACCCUGGGGAAGAGGAGUUAAACGUGACUGAAAUCACUUUGAAAGUGUGGAAGAAAGGUGAGGAUGGGGCUGGAGAGGACCAGGAGAGCUGUGGUGCUCAGCCUCAGGACACAGGAGAGCCCAGCAGUGUCACUGCCCUGAGACAGCAGGUUGCUGCUCUGGAGGAGCAGCUGAGGAAGAAGAAGGAAGAGCUGGAGCAGAUCAAGGCAGUGCUGGAGCAGCAGGAUAAUGAGAUCAAGGAGAAGGAGAAAAACAUUCAGUUACUGGCCAGCUCCAAAGCUCAACUGGAAAAGCAGCUGUGCCAGGAAAGCACCAGGGAGGCCAAGGCACCAUCCAGGCAGAGUGGGGAGGUUCUGCAGUGCUCUGAUGCUGCCGUCAACACUGACCUCUUGCAGGUCACCAGGGCCAAGGAAGCCCAUGAUAAAGGUGUCAAUGUAAAUAUCCCAAUCCCCACCAAAUCCAUAGGAUGCAGUGUCUGCAGAGCAGGCAACACUAAUGCCCAGGCAGUGGAGGUGGGUGCUUGGAGAGAUCAGGGACUGGCAGAAGCUUGUACUGGUGUCACUGGAGAAGGAGCUGGACAUUUUGGUGAAGCUGAAGCCAAGCCUGGCCUUCAUACACCUCCCUUCACCCAACUGGAGGUUGAUGAGCACCUCAGCGAUGACAAUCAGAAUCACAGGAAUAACUACAAUAGCCAGAGUCUUGCUGCUCACAUGGUGACAACAGAAAGCUGUCAAGGAGCAAGAGUUGGCUCAAACACAGAAGGAAAUGAAGAAGGCUUUGGUGAAGAUAAACCUCAGGAUGGGCUGGAAAAGGAAGGACCCCCUGACCACGAGGAUCUCCCUGCUGUUGAUCCCAUCGGCCAAUACGUCAAAAAAAUCCAGGAGCUUUUGCAGGAGCAGUGGCUGUGUUUGGAGCAUGGCUACCCCGAGUUAGCCAGUGCCAUUAAGCAGCCAGCCUCCAAGCUCAGCUCCAUUCAGAACCAAUUAGUUAACUCCCUAAACUCCUUGCUGUCUGCCUACUCCACGCACAGACCCGCCGAUGAGGAGAACUUGAACACACACUGUCAACAGUUGGAAACCUCUCCAACCACAAGUCUUAAAUCUAUCAUGAAAAAGAAAGGUUGUGGUUUCCAUGCAGGAGGCAAUGGGACCAAAAAGAAUCUGCAGUUUGUUGGGGUAAAUGGUGGCUACGAAACGACGUCAAGUGAAGACACAAGUUGUGAGGAGAGCCCAUCGGAUGGGGAUGGGGAGAGUGAGACGGAGAGAAGAGCUGAUGAUUUGGAGCCUAAGCAGGAAAAAGCUGGAGGUGAAAGCAAGGACUCUUCCUCAGGGACCUCUUCACAGGAGAGAUGUGAGGAUGACCCACAGGAGCCAUCAGCAGUAGCAGCUCCUGGCACUCAACACGAGGCUGACAGAUGCAAACCCUCAGAAGAUUUCCUUGCUGGCUGCCAGCUUCUCAGUGAGCACCUCUCAGAAAUCCGGACCACGGGGGACAAGCAUCUGCGGCACGUCCUGAACGCCGUCUGCCAGGAAUGGUUCCAGGUGUCCAGCCAGGAAUCUUCCAGCCCAGAGGUGGUUGCAAUGUAUCUCCAGGUUCUGGAAGCCAUCCAGCCCCAGCUCCUGGCCAUGGUGGUCAACCUAGCUGACAGGAAUGGCAACACAGCUCUUCACUACAGUGUUUCCCACUCCAACUUCCCAGUGGCAAAGCUCCUGCUAGACACAGGCGUGUGCCACCUGGACCUGCAGAACCGGGCCGGUUACACGGCCGUGAUGCUCACCCCGCUGGCGACUGCUGAGACGGGCGAGGACAUGGAGGUGGUGAUGAAGCUGCUGAAGGAGGGGGAUGUCAACCUGCAAGCUGCCCAGGGAGGACAGACUGCCCUGAUGCUGGGGGUCAGCCACGAGAGGGAUGACAUGGUGAGAGCACUCCUGUCCUGCCAGGCUGAUGUCAACCUGCAGGACGAGGAGGGGACAACAGCCCUGAUGGUGGCCUGCAGGCAGGGCAACGCCGACAUCGUCCGGCUCCUCCUGGCCCAGCCUGGCUGCCAGGUGACACUGACAGACAAGGGUGGGAACUCAGCCCUGUCACUGGCCCACGGGGACAUCGCAGCUCUCCUGCAAGCCCACACUGAGCAGAGCCCAUCCCUCUCCACCUGAACCUGUGAGAAGACACCAGGAUGGGGAGAAGGCAACAAACAGCUCCUCCUUGUAACUGCCCCACUGUGGCCAGGGCCAGCAUCACAGCUUUCCAUCCAUCUGGGGCAAUGAACCUGUCAUUACCUGCAUAUCUUCCCUGUGUAUAAUUGCCCUCAUUAAGCCUGCUCACCCCUCCCCAAGCCAUGCACACUGCCACGGAUGACACCACCAAGCUCUCACCAAGCUCUCCUGUGCACUUCUCUUGCUAUGAAUUUGGCAGGCGAGCGACUGAAACGGAGGAGAAAAGCACAUUUGCAAAGCAAUACUCAGCCUUUUGUAACCUUAGGUUAUGGUUGUCCUUUUAAUCAACUGCUUAACUUGUAGCUCAUUUAACUUCUAAGUUGGUCUCCUAAUACUUAUGAUGAGCUCUCCCUUACGCAGUGGCAGGCAGGGAUUAUUCACCCCCAUGUGACAACAGACACGAGCUGGAUGGAUGAUGUCAAGUAUGGAAUCCUGUCCAUGUUUGCUCCUGUGGGCCUGAUGCAAGAAUUAAAAAUUAAUGCUCUAGGAAAAUAUUUGAGGAUACCAGACCCAAACACACAGACAUUGUUUUGCCUCUCUUUGGAAUUACCAGAUGGCUCUUUUUUUUUUAAUUUUUUAAUUAAGUUUGAGCUAUUGGGGAGGCGUUGCCCAUGGCCACGCAUCCCGUGCUCAGGCACAUGAGGGUGGAUCCACUUAUCCCAAGAAGAUCACAAGAGAUUCCUAACCCAGGAUGUUUUUAAUGUUGUCCAAGAGCUUCACAGAGCAACUUUGCCAGCAGAAACCUUAUGGGCAAGCACCUCCUCGCUGCUUUCCCUUGUGCUCCAAUUUCAGCUGCCCAAAGUACUCCAACAUAAAGCUGUGCUGUGGUUUAGCUGCUGGAGUCAGUGGGUGCCAGGGCCUCCCCCACAAUGGAGCACUCACAGGGUGGGUCCAGCAUCACUUCAGAUCAUCACAGGGCAGGUUGUUUCCUAAGUUCCUCUGCUGCUGGCAAAGAGGGAGGGAGAGCUCAGAGCCCACUUUUCUGAACAUCUUGGCAUUGCCACCAAGUCCCUGUGUCCCAAGAAAUGCUGUUUUCGUGGGGCUGUGCUCCAUCACAACCUGGCUGAUGCUCUCCAUAGGCUUUCGUGGGCCUGGAUGCCACCACCUGGUGGAACCACAUCACAGCCCCAGAUCUCCAUGCUGGCAUUUAAAGCCCAUUUCCCUGGUGAGCUCAUUGCUUUUCUUUUUGUUCCUAAGCAGAAGUUCAUCCUGGACUCCUUUGGUUGCUUGUCAGUCAGGUCAUAUCCUGAUGAGGUCUCUCCUGAGCUGCCUUUUCCCCUUCCCUUGUAUUGCAAAGCCCUUGCUCACUUUCUGCCUUGCAGGGAGAAGAGGGCAGCUCCUUCCUUAUGCUCCCUUUUCUUCAUGUUUUCAGUGAGACACAUUCACCAUCUCAGAGGUCUAGCUGCCUCUUUUUUUUUUUUUUAACUCAAAAUGCAGUUACUUCCUUUAUGUAUAAAUAAA